GGGUGUGUAGGCCUGACAGCCUGAGUCGGAUGUCCAGGAGCAGUAAAAUCCAGCAGUGCUUCUCUGCAGUCCCAGAUCUGGAGAGAUAGAGGCAGGAGGAUCCCUGGAGUUCACUCCUCAGCACAUUGAGCUGAACCAAAGCACUCCAGAGUCUUCGAGACAAACCAUAUCUCAAAAACUCUAAGGAGAACAAAUCUAUUGGAGAGUCCACACAGCUGUCCAUCUGAGAAACCUGACUCAGUACUGACUUCCUCAGUGGAGAAGGACUAGGGCAACAGGUCUCUUCAGGGAAGGAAGGUGGACACAGAAAGGGCUGAACCAGCAAGGACAGAGUCAGAGCAAAUGACAGCUACACAGAAACACAACCUCUUCACUCCAGAACCCCACUACAUCCCUGGUUAUGCUGGUUUCUAUCCUCAACUGCGCUACCAGGUAGGAAACACCUAUGGCCGCACCACUGCACGGUUGCUCACAGAUCCCAGCGUACAGAAGAGCCCCUGCUCUGUUCUGUCACCUAUGACCAAGCCCAAGUUCAUUGAGGACUUCAGCAAACCCAAGCCACCAUGGAUUCCCUGCAGGGACCUGAGAGAGCCUUACAUCCCCCACUAUACCAGUCUGAAACCCUACAAGAAUUUUGAGAUCCUAGGCCAGCUCCCAAGCCAGGAUGUGGACACCCAGGGGCAGCCACAAGUAGAGAACAGACAGGGACCACUGACUGCAGGCUUCAUGCCUUAUCCACCCUACCCAGCAUGCCCCCCAGGCAGAAAGGGGGAAGCUAGAGACCUGGGCCAUCCAGGUCUACUGCUGGCAUAUGGGGAAGAGGCUUGGAAGGAUGCAGCACCUCUUCAGGAUACCCCAGGGAAGAACAACCAGCUAUACCACUGCAGGAGGGAUGAGUACCUGCCUCCGCAUCCCCCACAGGAGACACUAGAUGUAGGCAGAUUUCAACGACUGCCCCAGCUAGACCACCCCAACCUAAUCCAACGCAAGGCCAUCUCAGGCUAUGCCGGCUUCGUCCCCCGGUUUGCCUGGGUAAUGGGGAUGAAUUACCGUGAUGGCGUCACACAAGCUAUGGAUGACUUUGACAAGAACCAGUUCGUGUUCAGACACCCAGUCUGUGCCCUGGGUGAAAGGCUGCCUAGGACCCACUGGCCAAACACUGCCAUCUAUAGAAGCCAAGGCCUGAUUCCUUUCUACAUGGGCUUUAUCCCAUCCAUGCAGGACAACUAUGCACUGACAUUCGGUAACAGCACCCGAAGAGCCUAUCAGAAGGAACUGGACAGGCGAAGCCACACACUAUGAAUUGCUUUAAUGGUGGUAUCUGUACAAGUGAUGUCAGGACACAGGACAGCAAAUGCACAGUGGACAUGGCUAGCAGACAGGCUGUGAAUGAAUAAAGAGUUCACACUGC